AUGGCAGUAAUUGAUUCAACACCAGAAGAAAAGAAACAACAAGCGAUUUUAGGCGCUGAUAAAUUGGCUGAAUUAGAUAUGAGGCAUCUUCAUUUAAAACCAACUGCAACAACUGAUAAAACGUUUGAUAAGUUAAUCAAAUUGAAUUAUCAUUUGAUAGCUCUCAAAAUUGAUCUCAAUGGAAUCAAAGUCGAAGUUCUUUCACCUUCUAUUGUGGCUUCUGUUGAUCAAAUCUUGGUAGCUUCUACUCCUACUGUUUCGGGAUCGACUCGAAUGUUGACUUUUACUUUAGGUUCAAAAGGACGUCGAAUUGAUUCUAUUAGAACUCAUCCCAAAACUGAAGAUGAUGUGGUAGUCAUGAAUGAUAUCUUGGAAAUGACUGCUAAGGAUGCAGCGGCCAAGAUUAAUUUCAAGAUUGUUCUGAUAAUUAGAUUUGGGAAAGGGUUAAUUGGCGCAGCUAAGGAUAUCAUCAUAGAAAACAUCUCCUUUUGUGGUAUCAUUUGGAUCUUAAUCAAACUUAUGAAUAGUUUUCCACAUUUACAAUUAGUGGAUUUAUAUUUCCUGGAAGUACCAGAGUUUUACUUUGUACUCAUAACUGUUGGUUUUGAUCUUAACACAAUUCCUGGUAUCUCAGGUUUCAUUGAAUCUCAAGUACAACAUGCAACCCUUGGUCCUAUGAUGCAAGUUGUUUUUUCAAUUCUUGCGUACGAUCCGAAUGUUUCCACACUUAAUUUAGAACCGAUGUUAGCUGGCACACCAAUAGAUUCAGCUAUCAGAGUCAUUCAACUCACUGUACAUCAUGCUCGCGGAUUAAGGGCCGUCAAGAUUGGUGGUGGGACCCCUGAUCCAUACAUGACAAUUUUGAUUGGUGCCCGUGGUCAUCUAGAUUGUAUCAAGGUCAAGAACAGUACUCAGAACCUACACUGGAACAGUACCCCACUGUCUCCUUCUCAACUCUCUCAACAAUUGUCUCACACUGGAAAUCAUGGAUUACAACAAAUGGGUGAAGAAGAACCAAUGCCUGAAAGUACUACAACUGGUGUGGUACGUUUAACACUUCAUCAAGCAAAAGAACUUGAUUACAAACAAUCAGGUACCAGUCAAUUAUCACCUUGUGCUAAGAUUUACUUGAAUGGGAUUCAGCUUAAGAAAACCUUUGUGAUCAAAUGA